GAAAGGAGGCCAUAUUGUACAGUUAAAUUGAAAGAACGAAAAUAAUUAUAUCAUCGUGUGGUCCUGCUUGUUUCAUUUCGUAUUUUUACCAUACAUAUCCAUAAAGGUGUUAUACGUCCGUUGUGAGUAGAAUAACAGUGUCCGGGGUCCGUUUUGGGGCUCCUACGAUUUCUUUUGUAAAUAACUACAAGUUGUAGUAGUGUGUCCUGAUAUCUAGAUACCGUCCGUCAGUCUACUAAAGGGGUUUAUUGCUCCAGACGAGAUGGGCACUCGGGAUGACGAAUACGAUUACUUAUUUAAAGUUGUUCUUAUUGGUGACUCUGGUGUAGGUAAAAGUAAUCUUUUGUCAAGAUUUACAAGAAAUGAAUUCAACUUGGAAUCAAAAUCAACUAUAGGAGUUGAAUUUGCUACGCGUAGUAUACAAGUAGAUGGAAAAACUAUUAAAGCUCAGAUUUGGGACACAGCAGGACAGGAACGUUAUCGUGCUAUUACAUCUGCGUACUAUCGUGGUGCAGUUGGAGCCCUAUUGGUAUAUGAUAUUGCAAAGCAUUUAACAUAUGAAAAUGUGGAAAGAUGGUUGCGAGAAUUACGGGACCAUGCUGAUCAAAAUAUUGUUAUUAUGUUGGUUGGAAACAAAUCCGACUUAAGGCAUCUACGUGCAGUUCCAACUGAUGAGGCAAAAGCAUUCGCAGAGAGAAACGGCCUCUCUUUUAUUGAGACUUCUGCUUUAGAUUCUACAAAUGUUGAAACAGCAUUUCAAAAUAUAUUAACAGAAAUCUACAGAAUCGUAUCGCAGAAACAAAUACGCGAUCCACCUGAAGGUGAUACAAUCCGGCCACAAAACGUAGAGCCCAUCGACAUGAAGCCAACAAUGAACUCAGAGGGAAUGCGUAAGCAGUGCUGCCAGUGACUCACCUUGCUGCUUAAAAUAAGGACAUACAAAGAGGCAGAGGCAAAAAGAAAAGUGAUCGACGGUAAACGUAACAGGUGCAUACAGUACAAGAAUCAAGACUAUUUACGAAUAUAAGUAUACAUGACUAAUGAUUUCCCAAAUAAUCCGGCUUUCAGGAUACAAUAUAAAGUAUUCUUUGACUUUGUCGUUUUAUGGAAGCGGAUAAUGGUAGUACUUAAAACAAAAAUAUCUUUACAUUUUUAUUUUGAACAGUCGCUUGGUUUCGAUCAAACUACUGCUGCUGCUGCUGCUGCUGUUGCUGUUGCUCCUCCUCCUCCUCCUCCUCCUCCUCCUC